CUCUAUCACAUUACUGGAAAAAAAAUGGCGACGGGUACACUGCGGCUCCCGCUGCGGCUUUUCACCAGAAAUGCGGGUGUGGUGAGCCGCAACGCCGGCUCUAAAACAUCUAACGUAACCAGGACGACCCAGAGCCGGACCGCCGUGUCCACGUCGACGGGCGGCGUCCUCCCGAAGCCGGAUAAGACACCAUUUGGUCUCAUCCGCAUGACCGCAGUGGUGGUGCCUUUCCUGUACGUGGGAACUCUUAUCAGCAAGAACUUUGCCGCUCUCUUGGAGGAGCAUGACAUCUUUGUCCCAGAGGACGACGACGACGAUGAUUGAGCCCACCUCAGAAAACAAAUGGGUGCUUUGCAAUAUUGAGUGAGAGCACACCAGCCGGCACAAGGAAGAUGGGGAAGAUGGGUAACUGACGUCCAAAAACAUCACUCCACCUCCACCCAUCUCCUCCCUCUCUCCUCGGCUAAUUAUCUUGUUUUCACUUAAUUCAUUCUGUUGAAAUCUCAUAUCAUGUGAGGCUAUCAAAAUGACUAGAUAUGCCUUCACUCUUGUUUGCAUGUUUUUCUGACAACUCAAUAAAGGGAGUCGAUGACA